CACGUUUGUACAGUAGGCUAUAGUUAUUUCAUUGACAGGAUUGCAAGAGGAACUACUGGUCAUUGAAGAACUUUCAAAGAUUCAAUCAUGACGUCACCUAAGCAAAUGAAAAUCGAAGCAGAAGGGUAUAUUCACCUGGUUUCUGACGUGAAACAAGGAAAGUACAAGAAAUACUUCACUGCUGUACUACAGGAAGCGACCAAAAACACAAAAAUGGUCAUCUUCACCCCGCAGAAACACAAUUGGUUUGUGUGCGCUGAAAAAGACAGGAGCCCAGUCAAAGUGGGAAACAUAACGCUGACUCCAUCACGGCAAAAUCAAGGAGAGAAUGACAUUUUGAUAAAUGAGCGUGCCCAGCUGACAUGUGUGCGGAACUUGGGCUUCUGUUUCGAUGAAUUGGCUCCAAAGGAUCAGCAGACCAGAUCAAUAAGUGACAUCCUUUCUGAUCCCAGGGAGCAUCAAAUAGUAAAUGUGGUGGUGAAAGUCUUGGAGCAGAGAGAAAAGGAGGAAAUAACGACUCGGACCCACAAAGUGAUGGACAAAACAGUGUAUGCUGUGUCUGACAAGACUGCCUCCAUCAUGCUCACUGUGUGGGGAAAUGAUGUGCUGGUGAUAGACAAAUGGUACACUUUUACAGAUGUGUCUGUCCGUUUUUUCAAUAACAAUGUCUUGCUGACAACCACACCACAAAGCACUUUCAACAUUGCUGAAGACGGAGGGGCAGCAUCACCAGCGGUAAAAAAUGACGCAAAACAUACAGUUGGAGAAAUUGUACAGGUGGAUGUGACAUCCACUUACUUGUGUCCACAGCGCCAUGCUGUAUUUGAUGUCAACCCUGCCACCUUAAUGACAAGGUGUGAGAAGUGCAGCAAAUACUGCAAGAACACUAAAUUGACCAGUUUGAUGAGGGGGACAAUUGUUUUGGAAGACGAAGAAAAAAACCAUGUUGAAUUCAUCUUAGACGACAAAUUGAUUCGCUCCUUAGUACAAAUUGACAACCAUGUUUUAAAUCAAUGUGACCACAUUGUGCAGAACAUCAUGCAGCAUGACAGAAUUGAUAUUACAGCUCGAGGCAAACGUGCCAUUGCUGUAUUGUUUUGUGAUGAUGAGCCAAAGCCAAGUACCAGUACUGAGGCAGAUAAGGAGACAACACAAGUAUGUGAACUACACCAGCCGAUGGGUUCUCCUAUGAUUCCCUCACCAAAUAGUGCUGACAGUUGGGAUCUUUAAGAUCUUUAAGUUAAAGUAGAAGGGUUUCUGAAAACUGUGAUUAUACACCAAAAUGUCUUCUUUGAACAAAACUAAAAGCCUUGCAAGGAAACUUGUUUAAAUAAUGUAUAAGUAUGUGUAAAUGAUUGUUUACUUUGUUGCUUUUUAAUAUUGAGUUUGUGUCACAUUUUCAAGACUUCAAAUGCUGACCUUUGUUGAGUGAAGUUGAGCUUCUAAAAUUGCUAUCAUAGUUAUGCUGCAGAAUGUAACAUUUUUCAAGGUGGGCUAACUAAGAGACGACAACACAAUAAUAUGCCAAUUAAUGAUUAUGUUGUUUAAUUUGUGCCUUAUAACCUUUUAUAACAUUGUUUCAUGUUUCACAUUUUCAUGUUUAAUUCAUAUGUUUCAUGUUGAAAUGUAGCUGAAAA